AUGUCUGUUCUAGAGAAGGUUCCCUCUUCCCAGCUCGAUCCCUCACGGGAAGAGCAAACUGAGGUCAAAGCUCAAAACUUGAACAUGGACGUAGAGACUGCGAACAAUAAGCAAUCCUCGGCCGGCGGCUCACCAGUUCGAAAGCUAAAGCCCAUGUCUUGGUUCUUCGUCGUGUUUUCCUUACUGGCUGCCUUAUUUCUCUUUGCACUUGAUAACACUAUUGUUGCCAAUAUCCAAGAAAAUAUCAUAUAUACUCUUGGAGGCAUUGAAAAACUGCCCUGGAUUUCUGUCGCGUUUGCUUUAGGUGCUGUUGCAACCAACUUGCUCUGGGGCCAGUUAUACUCUCAUUUUGAGAGCAAAUUACUUUUUGUCUCCAGUGUGGUGAUAUUCGAAGUUGGCUCUGCGCUUUGCGGAGCUGCUCCGUCACUCGAUGCACUCAUAGGCGGUCGGGCUAUCUGUGGCAUCGGAGGAAUGGGCAUAUAUCUAGGGACAAUCAAUAUGGUAUCGGCCUUAACAAAUGACCAGGAACGGCCCAUGUACCUAGGAUUUGUUGGACUAACUUGGGGUAUUGGCACAAUUCUUGGACCUAUAAUCGGCGGCGCAUUCACUGACAGCUCUGCGACAUGGAGAUGGUCCUUCUAUAUCAACCUCUGCAUUGGAGGUCUUGCCGCCCCUGUUUACUUAUUCCUCCUGCCAGUCGCUGAUCCUCACCGAGGCCAAAGCUUUCUUUCACGGGUAAAGAACUUGGACUUGUGUAUAUGCAUGGAACAGUGGUCAAACAAUCGGCCUCUUUGUCGCGACAGGAGUUCUCUGGAUCGCUUUCAUACUGCAGCAGCGCUUCUCUUUGCUCACCAAGCCCGAAAGCCGUCUCUUCCCCCCACCUCACUUAUAAAAUCUUGGGAGAUGGAUAUUCUCUUCGCUCAAAUGGCUAGCGCGCAAGUCGUCGUUACAAUCCCUAUUUAUUUCAUCCCAAUCUACUUCCAAUUUGCUAAAGCAGAGUCCGCCUUGCGAAGUGGUGUCCAGCUUCUCCCGUUCGUCUUGCCGCUAGUAUUUGCAGUUAUGAUAAACGGAGCGGUUAUGGCCCAAGUUGGAUACUACAUGCCGUGGUAUGUAGUCGGCUCAGCUCUGGCGUUAGCUGGCAGCGUGCUACUUUAUACUAUUGACAUCAAUACGACAGACGCUCGCAUCUACGGGUACUCUAUUUUAACCGCUUUGGGUGUUGGCCUCUUUUCACAAGCUGGGUUCGCAGUGGCACAGGUGAAAGCGGCACCCCAGUUGCUGUCACAAGCGGUAGCUUUCAUUGGAAUUGGCCAAAUUAGCGGCAUUACACUAGCAUUGGUAAUAUCCAACAGCAUUUUCUUAAAUGAGUCAACCGAGAAGAUUGCUAAUAUUUUACCUGAUUUGCCGCGGAGCGUUGUUCAACAAGCCGUUUCAGGGGUCGGAGGAGAUUUCUUCAACAACCUCACUUCGGAUCAGCGACAACGUGUUUUAAAUGCCAUAAUAGAAAGCAUCGACAAUACGUUUAUUUUGGUUAUCACAGCUAGUGCACUAUCCCUUGUCCUUUCUGUCUUUAUGAAACGCGAGCGACUUUUCGUCACUCCGCCAAAAUGA